AUGACGGGCAGCAGCAGCACGCGCUGCAGUACGAAACCAGCUGCAUCCCGUGGGCUCGCAUUUCAUUGGACUCACCACACUUUUCCCCCUCCCUCCUCCUUUCUCUCCAAAGCUGUCGUGUCUGUCGAUGGCAAGCCGGUGAGACUGCAGCUCUGCGACACAGCUGGUCAGGAUGAAUUCGACAAGCUCAGGCCUCUGUGCUACACCAACACGGACAUCUUCUUGCUGUGCUUCAGCGUGGUGAGCCCCUCGUCCUUCCAGAACGUGAGUGAGAAGUGGGUUCCCGAAAUCCGAUGCCACUGCCCCAAGGCGCCCAUUAUCCUGGUUGGGACACAGUCGGACCUCCGGGAGGAUGUCAAAGUUCUCAUUGAGCUGGACAAGUGCAAAGAAAAGCCGGUCUCGGAGGAGGCUGCGAAGCUCUGUGCUGAGGAAAUAAAAGCCGCAUCCUACAUCGAGUGCUCUGCUUUGACUCAGAAAAACCUCAAGGAGGUCUUUGAUGCGGCCAUCGUGGCUGGUAUUCAGUACUCGGAUACCCAGCAGCAACCAAAGAAAGCAAAGUGUAGGACUCCAGACAAGAUGAAAAACCUCUCCAAAUCCUGGUGGAAAAAAUACUGCUGUUUUGUAUAGGAGUUGCAAGGACCUGAGUGCUGCUCUGAGGAAAUCGAAUAGAGGCUAUAUUAGCUGAAUUCUCAUUCUGUGUCGUCCCAAGUGUAUAGUGUAGAUCUGUAUGUAUGUGUAUAUGUUGCUACUGGAUAUCUCGGUUGCCCUUUCGAGGGUGGCAGAAGGAUUCUUAGUUAAAUAAUUGCUAUAAAUCAGGUCUGGCAUCCAGUUUCAUGACUAAAAGUCUCAUUAAGGAAGAAGAGCGCCACGUGUCUGAGGGUAGAAGGAUUUGUCCAAAGGAUUCGACUUCUUGUGUUAUAAGGUGUAUGCGAUGGGGAGGAGCACACCAGAGGCCUUUGCUGCCAGGGCUUCGCAGGAGGAACGCGCGAGCGACUGUGGAAAUGUAGAGCUCUGUGCAUGGACGGUCAAAGGGAAAAAUAACACCGUGCCUCCUAACUGACAGUUGUAGCUUUAAAACCCCACUCCUCCUCUCUUCUCCAUGUCCUCCCAAGACAACGCUCUUAGGGAUUGCUUUAAAAAGGGUAUGUGAGAGGUGUAAUCUAUACACAAAUGUCAUGGUUGGAAAGGUCAUGAGUAUACCUUCAGCAUGGGGUGAGGGAACCUAAUCCCUUAUGGAGCUGACAUCUUGUUUGUCACCUCCUGACUGUGUGAAAGUCCUUUCUGUCCUUCCCCUGCCCUUCCCAGGAAGUCGUGUGGAAGCCCGAGGAACAUGACCAAGCUUUAACCUACCUCGAGCAGCGGCGAUUUCCUCUGUAUUUUUGCAGACAUGACGACAGUUCAUCUAUUUCAGCUGAAAGGAAUGUAAAUGCUGUUGUGUUUUGUUUUGGGUUUUUUUUAAAGAGAUGUAACAGAUAUCGGUGCAGCACCAUGUAAACCGCAUCUGGUUUUAAGUCUAUAGCCAAGAAUUUCAGGAUGCCCCUCCUUACCUUUUAAGGCUCCUAAACAAAUAACAAAUCAGGCAGAUCAAGAUUUGUAACAAACUGGACUCUAGAAACUGAGGCUGCUGUGUCCUCUUCAUGAUGCUGUUCCCAAUCAGGUUAAUGUUUCCCUUCUAAAGGCAGUCGCUUGUGGUUAAAUCUUGUCCAAGCUCAUAGUCGUGAAAUUGGCUGAGGCCACCCUAGAAAUUGAACUGAUAAUUUUUUUUUCCCAGAUCAGUCCAACAGAUUAAUGGAAAUGUGCCUAAAAUGUAGCUGAGUGAUCAGUGUAGUGCAGAGUUGAGUGUGACCUACCCUCUGACUAAAUCUGGUUCCUACUGGACUAAGCCUAAUUCCAGCCCCGGCAAGUUCGAGAGACCUGAGGGGUAACGUGACUCUCUGCAAGAAUCAGUAUUUUAACUUAUUCUGCAGAGGACAUUUAAUUUAUGCUGUCUGUCUGUCUGCCUUUUUAUGGCUCUGACUACUUUUUUUUAUUCCCUAGAUAUUUCAAGAUCAGAUUAUAUUCUUUUUUUUUUUUUUUCCUUCAGCCAUAGCCUCGAAGUGACCUUUUUCAUAGUCUUAAACUAAACUGCAGUGACAGAAAGCCGGAACCUUUUUUUCAUCAGAA